AUGUCUUCGCCGGCGAAGAAAUGGCCCUCGAGAGAAGGAUUCUCGGCCGACGUCGUAUCUAACGUCCUCCACCACACCAUCCUCAGUCCCUGGAAGAUCCUACCCAUCCUAGCUCUAGCCCAAUACACCACCAAAGGCCGUGACCUCCUCGAAUCACGCCCGCAACUCCUCAAAGCCCUCAAAGCACUAGCCUCGAUCGCAGUAAUCUCCCGUCUAAGCGCCUGGCUCGACCGCCGCACCGUCAACAACGGCGUCACAGACCACUACGACUGGAACCGCGAAAUCGUCGUCCUAACCGGCGGCAGCGGCGGCAUCGGCCAACGCAUCGCACAACUCCUCGGGUCCCGCGGUAUCAAAGUAGCGAUCCUAGAUAUCACCCCUCCAACCAACCCACUCCCCAACAGCGUCCGCUUCUACGAGUGUAAUAUCACCUCCCCACCCGCCAUCGCCGAAGCAGCGACCAAAAUCCGCGCUUCAUUCGGUCGUCCCACGAUCCUAAUUAACAACGCGGGCAUUCUAACUGGGAAAACCAUCCUCGGCACGAACGAGGCUACAACUCGUCGCAUGUUCGACGUUAACACCCUCGCGCACUACUGGCUCGCGCAGGAAUUCCUCCCGGACAUGGUCUCUGCCAACCACGGCAUGAUCGUGACGGUCGCCUCGCAGGCCGGGUACACCGUCACGCCGAAUAUGGUCGAUUACUCCGCGUCCAAGGCGGCGGCGAUCGCGUUCCAUGAGGGUCUGGGUGCGGAAUUGGUGACGAGGUAUCAGGCGCCCCGUGUGCGGACUGUGCUUGUUACGCAGGGAUUCACGCGGACGGCGCUGAUUGCGAAUCUUACGCCGGAGGAUACGUUUGUUAAUCCGUUGUUGUGGCCGGAGACGGUGGCGGAGAGUGUUGUCGAGCAGGUUUUGAAGGGGGAGAGUGGGCAUGUGCUUGUCCCUGGUGUGGCGGGGAGUAUUGCGCAGAGGUUGAGGGGGUAUCCGCUUUGGUUUCAGCAUUCGUUGAGGUGUCGGUUGGAGAGGUUGAUGAGGUCGGAGUAG